AACAGAUGUGCAAUACUCACUGAUAUAUUUCAAGCUGGGCCAUUUUAGAGAGGUGCAGCCACGCAGGUUAAGAUGGAUCACAAAUGGGCGAUAAGUCUGCAGAAUCUGCUUCAUUGUGCUUUCUGUUAUCCAGUCUUUCUCCACAGAGAAGUUGAUCUAACAGGGACACACAUUAGGGAACAUUUAUACUCAAGUAUAACUUUAAAUGCCACUGUGAAUUAAAUACAAGAAGCAAUCUCUCAGUACAGACCUGACUCCACAGUGUGCCUGACUGGAUAAUAGCUUUCCAUGUGCAACACACCUCAGCACAAUUUAGCCAGUCUCGCAACUCUAAAUAUUGAAAGAUCUGCAGAAGAAAAAAAAAUCAUAUGACAUAUUUGAUCAUUUGCAGAUGUGGAAACGUGAAUAUCCUUUUUUUCCUCCUCUCACCAAUAUCUGAGUAACCUCAGCUGUCCCUUUGGAAAGGUUUGUGCAAUGUCAAGGGGAAAGUUAAGCACCCAAAUCAGAACAGGCAGGAUUCACUGCCACAUCUACCACUCUACAAGGCAGUGUGAUGUAACUGUACAAGCAGCCUCUUUCUUUCUCCAAACAUAGUCAUGCUGAAGCACUACUUAUCGGUAGAGGUGUUAGAGAGAAACACCAGAGCAAACGCCAAAACUGCACUCCUUUUGCCAGCGAAUCCAAAACAAACACGGGCUAUUUCUGAACCAGCUGUCUACAAUCCUCUAAUUGCAAUCAGUGUAAGCAGAAUUUCCGGGCUGGUAGUUUCAAUCAACAGUCUGCUGCUGCACGUGGAUGCAGUGGUUGAACUCACUUCCAUGGCUUUUCCAAUUGGGGUUUCUUGGCUUUGCACUCUGUUGUUAUGGGGCUGCAUUUGCUUUCCUCCUGAAAAAGGUCACAUUGUUGCACAUGGCUACUUUUUCAAUGAUGGUGAAUUCCGUAGCCAUGCAGGUGUGCUUGGUCCACAAACAUCAAACCUGUUUCAUUCUGGACCAUCUUUAAACAAAAACCAAGACUCCGUUAGUCCAAGGGAUGAGAUGCAAGCUAUGAGGGACCAAAGCUUUGUUUCCCUUCAGAGAGAACCAGUCCAUGAAAACAAUGAAGAUGCUAGCUCCGUUACUAGCCUCAGUGAAAAGAUGGUACAACGCAAACCAGACUCAGUCCCCUCCGGACCCACAGUGCAGAAAUAUGAGCGUGAAGGUUCGGACUCUCAACAACACCCCUUUGGCCUUUUAGUGAAACCGCACACACAAGAGAGAACUGUGGAGGGCACCAGUUUCCAAACAAUUAAAGAUUUCAACCGGUUUAUAGAAACAAUGAAGAACUCCUUUUUAAUGCCAGGAAAUGACUUUGGUAGACAUUUUCAAACCGCACGGAAAACUAUGGCAAACAAGAUGGCUUCUAAUGCUGAAAAUGUUAAGGGAGAGCCAGACACAGGCUCUAGGUUUCUUUUGACAAAAGAAAGAGCUGCCCAUGAUGGCGCCAGUGAAAAUGAAGUCUGGAUUGAACCUAUGAAUACAGCAUUUGAACCAAGUAAACAGGGUGCCAACUACCCAAUGCCAAGUGAAAACCUCCCUAUCCCUGAUCCUGUUGACUCCACUGCAAGUCUCAUUUCUACCAAUGUUUAUGACAACCAAGACUCAGGCCCAGGUUCUGCUCUCUACCCACACCAUCAUUUAGCAGCCACAGAGCAUGUUUCAAGUUAUUAUGGAAGUUAUGACAGGGGUGGCAUUUCUGGGGGAAACCCUGAUACUUUCACAAGUGCUCCUCAUGAGCGAAAUGAAAAUGUUGUAUUAAGCUACAAGCUCCCUGAACGAAUACCCUCUGGAUCAUUCUUUGGAGAGGAUUUGUCUUUCAGUGGUCAUGUGACUGUACCCCCUGUCAACCCUCUAAACAGCCCAUCUCAAGAUUUUAGCGAUUAUUUAAGUAAGAAAUCCAAUGUAACGCCUCGAACCUCUGGAAAAAAACAACCAAAAUAUAAAUCUCACAAAGUGACUCCAGCCGAUGUCCUGUCUGCACCAAUGCCCCCAUCUUCGAAUUCCUACGGCAAGAGUUUAUAUGUUGGUGCACCAAGAGAUCAACUCUUCUUCCCAGAUUAUCUACCAAAACAUAGGGAAAAAACAGCCCAAUCAUUUCAGGCAUAUCAACCUACUGUUGGCAAGGAAUCAAAGGAUAUAAGCUACACUCCCACCACCCACCUGUCCGUAUCUACUAGUUCUGUUUCUUCAAGCUCUGAUUACUCUUCACCACGGAGUAGUAGUAGUCAUGUGGGAGUUCAAACAAGCAGCCCUCAUGAUUCUCAGAAUCAGGCUUUCCACAGAAAGCAGCCAGUUAGAUUCCACCCAAUGUUUUCUGUGAAACCUUCCAGCUCUCUUCAUGGCUCAAGCAGACAUGAUUGCUAUCUCGGGGACCAGACAGUCAGUAUUCAACGUCCUUACACCCUCACGGCCAAGGCAAAAGAUGAGGAGAAAUCGGACCUCUCCAAGCUGAAUCUAGUCUCUCAGGGACCAAAACAAAUUGCUGACAGAAACCCCCUGAGCUCAUUUACUACCUCGCUUAGACGAGGCAUUUCUCUAAAUGGUGGCCGUGAAAGUGUAACAAGAGCUGGCCUUCUACAGACCAUCAUACAACCCACCAAAGCAUGGAAGCAUCCAGCAAAUAUGAAUAAAGAGCCCGGCAACGUGGCCUAUUGGCCUCUUAAACCGCUGUCUGCAUCAAAAGGUUCUGCUUCUACUUUAAGUGGUGUAUUUCGGAGGAAUGGUGGCAACACAAAAAAGCUUCCUCCUCAAACUGGCUCUAACAUGUCACCACCAUCUGUAAACACUUAUGUUGACAAGUCCAGAAACAGCUAUGUAUUGAGAAAAGUAUCUCUAUCAAAGACCCGUUAUGCACCAUUAUCAGCUGGAUGAAUACAAGAACAUCCCACAAUGUAAAAGGAUUUGGAAAAACUGUAAAGAAGUGAGAUAAAAUGGUAUGGAAAAAUGUCAUUUUGCUUGUGAAUAUAACUUGUGCUUAUGAUUAAUUCAAAUAAUCACUAAAACAUUUCUGACAUCUCAAACUUUCUCAAGCAUUUCUUAAUAUGUUCUUCAUUUGUCAUUGGGAUCCUUAAUAAAAUUAUAUUCAUAGAAAGACAGCAGUGGCCAGAUGUUUUGGUAAGAGAUAAACAUUCAAUUCCAAAAAUCUAUAGGACUAUUUGCAUCUAAAAAUCUAAAAGCAUCUAAAAGUUUUCUUUGCCAUUUUAUACUGUAUGUAGGUGAAAUCACUGAUGGCAAGUCCUAUGUAAAUAAGGGUAAGUAUUCAGAUUGUGAAUACUUAAUGCUCACACAACAUAAGUAAAAAAUCUUUUUGUUUUCUUUAGGAUGUGUUGCCAUCUUCAACUGGGAGGAAAUUCAAGUUACUUUCUGCAGUUCUAAACACAUCCACACUGACUAGUAAAAAGAAAUCUCAGUGUUUUGAA